GUUCUCACUUUAUUUCUUCAAAAGUGAAUAUGUGUCUUCAGUGUUAAAUUAAAUUCAGUGUAGUAUUCGUCUGUCUACUGUUUGUUUUCUAACUGUGAAACAUGCCGUUGAUCAUGUUAUGCGGAUAUCCUUGUUCAGGUAAAUCAACAAUUGCUGCUUUACUAGCUGAAUCACUGAAACGCAUUCUCACGGAUUCCUCUGUCAUCAUUGUGGAUGAAUUCAAGAGUAAUAAUAUUGAAUCUGGGAAAACUGGUUAUGAUAUAAGAUGUGAUGUUUAUUCUGAUUCACAAAGAGAACGUGAAUUCCGCGGUCAACACAAAUCAGAAGUGGAACGUGCACUUACACGAAGUCAGUCUACUGUAGUAAUCAUGGAUGCUCCUAAUUACAUUAAAGGUUACAGAUAUGAACUUUAUUGUCUGGCCAAAUCUUAUAAACACCAACACAUUGUUCUGCUCAGUGAUGUUCCGGCCGAAACAUCUAAAGAAUGGAAUUCUAAAAUUAACCGGUAUCCAGAUGGUUUGCUUUCGGAUAUGAUAAGUAGGUUUGAACGACCUCAGUCAACUCAGCGAUGGGACAACCCACUUAUAAUUAUGGAGCCUCAUUACUGGGGUUCACCUACCUUGAUUUGUAUGGAGUCUGUAAUUUCACAACUGAAGCGGUUACUCAUCAAUGUAACAAAGAAAAUCAAACCGAACAAGUCGACUCAACCUACUGUUGUCUCAUCAUCUAAUUACUUACAAAAUCUGGAAUAUGUCACGCAGCAAAUCGUAGACCACAUACUUCAUAAACAAGCUCUUGGUUCGCUAUCCAUUAAUCUACCUGAACGCUUUUACAGUGCACAUAACCAAGACAUAGCUUUAAAAAUUAAAAAUCCCGACACAAUAUACACUGAAGGUAGCCUUGCCCGUCUGAAGCGCCGAUAUAUUGCAGUACAACGACUGAAAUUUGACCAGUUCAACAAAAUACCAGAUAAUGCUUCAAUCGCAGCGAAUUUCAUACAAUUCAUUUCGCUUAGUGGAGACGCAGAUAGUAAUGAAACUAAUUAACACACCCCAGUCAAUUACUCCCAUCACUGUGAGUUUGGGAAGGCCUAAUGUGAUCUGUGCGAGUAUACUCGAAAACGUUUUACGGCUAUUUCAAUAAAGUAACAUUACCUCGAACAUUAGUGUUUAUUCAUCAGCGUUAUGUUUACGGCAAAGCUAGGUUUUAGUCUGCGAUCCGCACUGUGUGAAAAAUCUCGACAUGGUUACUAAUACAGUGAGAAAUAAGAACGGACAAUAAAUGACAAUGCUAAUUGUAUCGGCCCGAAAUCAGUGGAACAGCUGUCAUCUUAUUUAGAUCCACUGUUUUUAGCUAAUCGACUAUUAUCCGAAAACAUUCUGAUGUCCAUUUUUCUAUGGGAACAUCACACUACCGAUCCACGUAUUUGCGACAAUAUCCAGAUAACAAAACAAAACGCUGAGUCGGAAGUUACUACUCAAAACAAUGGGAUUGAAAGAUAUUUCAUCCAGGCAACAGGAAAUAAGGAUUGCUUUCACAAUGGACAUUUGUCAUUUUAACUAAUGUUUAAAAAUGAACCUACCCACCCACUGAUCUACCUUUACAUUCUGAUAUUUCCAUCACGUUUAUUAAUAUUGAUAAUAAUCAAUAAAAAGAAUAACUUGACAAAAAAAGGUUUAAAAAC